AUGGAUGCGUUAAAAGAAUCCCUUGACCAAUCAGAGCUGGCCCAGGUGGAGGAGAGGCUCAGACACAUGGAGUUGGAUGAACUCCAUCGUCAGCAGCAAGAGGAAGAAAAGGCAUGUGAGGAGUGUCUACGCCGCAUGGAUACACAGGCCAGAGAAGCUUCCAUGGCCCGUGAGAAUUUAUCUAACAGUUUGACUCGAGCCAGACGCAUACGCCAGGCAGAGAGAGAUUAUGAGGAGGCAAGGAUGGUGUCCCAGCUUCUGAAAUAUCCUAGUCCUAUGCUUCGGUCCAGCACCAAUCUACGACCAGAGAGCGCCAUGUUAGCGUCGGGACUCAGUCUGCAUGAAACGCCUCAGCCUGUCCGUCUGCAGCCUCCUGCGCCUCAGCCUGUCCGUCUGCAGCCUCCUGCGCCUCAGCCUGUCCGUCUGCAGCCUCCUGCGCCUCAGCCUGUCCGUCUGCAGCCUCCUGCGCCUCAGCCUGCGCCUCAGCCUGCGCCUCAGCCUGCGCCUCAGCCUGCGCCUCAGCCUGCGCCUCAGCCUGCGCCUCAGCCUGCGCCUCAGCCUGCGCCUCAGCCGGCUCCGCUCCAGCCGCCGGCUCCGCUCCAGCCGCCGGCUCCGCUCCAGCCGCCGGCUCCGCUCCAGCCGCCGGCUCCGCUCCAGCCUAGUCCAGAAGCAGACAUGGCCUCCACUUCCUCAGCUUCAUCUCUGUCCCAUUCUGUCCCAUCAGCUCCUCCGAUACAAGUCCCUGUAAAUGCUGGUUAUUCCCCGAAUAUGACUGAACUGUUGAUAGCAACGACCUACGGCAUCCCAAAGCCGCAGCUCCCUCGAUUUGACACCGGCAAGGAAAGUGACUUUUUGUUAUUAAAGAUGGCCUUUGACAGCUUACUCGGGAACCACCCUCAUUUAUCCGAGCAGUAUAAGUACCAGAUCCUACUUGAGAGACUCAAGCAUCCACCUGCUUACCAACUGGCCAGAGCUCACAUUCAUCAUCCUCAGCCAUACACCUCAGCCAUGCAUGCAUUGACUUCACGAUACGGGCAGCCACGUCACUUGAUACAGAGUGAGAUAGCGCGCAUUCUCAACUCUGCGUCUGUUAAAGCAAAUGAUGUGGCUGCGUUCGAAGAGUUUGCUCUGGCUGUACAGUCUCUGGUCGGACUACUUAUCUCGAUAGAAGGAAGGGAUGGUACAGAAGUUAAAGCUCGUGCUCGCCGCUUGUCUCACAACACAACUUUUGCUGCUGAGUGGGACAGGAGGGAGGUACGAACCAAUCCCAAACCUCCACCACGGGAGUUUGAUAGGCCAGCUACCAUGUAUUUGUCAACCGAGACAAAGGCGGCUCCGAGGCAGAAUGUUUCCCUCAACCCUGUGGAGAAGCAUCCAAAGAAGGCAAAAUUCCAACCCUAUUGUCCUUUCUGUAACACUCAUGAACACUUUCUCAAUGGUUGCCAGAAGUUUGCCAAGCUGACGGUGGAGGAGAGGCGCUCUUGGAUCCGUGAAAACAGACGCUGUUGGAAGUGCUGUAGAACUCACCCUCCGGAGGCUUGUACACUGAAGAGGCCAUGCGGAGUGUGCAGCCAGCUUCACUUGACAAUUCUGCACGACACUUUGACUCCCGUCGGCCAGUCGUGUCUCAUGGUGAGCAUGCCCAAUCCUGACCUUUAUCUUGACCGUCCAAAUCGUUCUGCACGUGUCAUUCUCAAAGUGGUUCCUGUUGUUCUUCAUAAUGGUGACUUCCAAUUUGAGUCUUAUGCCAUCUUGGAUGACGGACUGUGCGUCAUGAUGUUCUUCAAGUGCAGGGCACAAGAGUAA